AUGAAGGCAGCAGACAUCAGAUCCUCUCUGCAGAGACCUCUACAGCACAGAGAUCCACACAUGGCUCCUACAAUCACUGCAGCAAUGACCAACUCUCAGGAGCACCUGCCUCUGACCCACAAGCUCAGGAAGCCUCUGGUGGAGAAGUUACGCAGAGAGAGAAUCAACAGCAGCAUUGAGCAGCUCAAGUCUCUCCUGGAUCCAGAGUUCCUCAAACAGCAGCCAGACUCCAAGCUGGAGAAAGCCGACAUCCUGGAGAUGACCGUUUGUGUGCUGAGACGACUGCAGCAGCAGAAUCGUCAGGCUGUGGACUCAGCAGCUGUUGGACAGGGCUACUCCAGAUGUGUCCAAGAGGUGUCCCACUUCCUGCGUGAGGAGCAGGUGGAGACACAGUCCCAGAGAAGACUGCUGAACCACUUCAACAAGCUGCAGUCUUCCUGUGAGAAGAAGCUGAGAGAGGCUGACUUCUCUCCUCUGAGCUCCACAGUCCAGACCAGCAGCAGCAAAGACAAGAGUCCAGUGAGCAGCGCCCCCUGGAGGCCGUGGUAGACUCCUACAGGCUGCAGCUGCUACCAGAGACACUGAGAGGACCACGUUGGUCAAAGAUGACUGGAAAGAAAUUCUUCUCAAUUCUACAAUGUUCUGAAUUUGUUCUUCUGGUUGAACAGAAGUUAUUUUGUCUCUUUUCUUUGAGGAAGAUGAUAUUUCUUGAGGAAAUGACGUCAACUUCAUCUUUCAAGUUGAGAAAGAGAACGUCUUGUCAUGCAUGUUGCAUGAAGCAAAUCUGAUUGCAUCAGCAAUAAUUAUUAUACCUCACUGUGCUUCAUGUAUUGGUGGAGUGGUGAAAGAUAUGGAUACCAAUGGUAUCUUUGAACUGUUAUUGAUCAUUUUGAUCAGAUACUUUAGAUGUUUUGUUAGAAUUUACUUGAAUCACUUUGAUCAAUCAUAAAUGAUCUAUUGUUGGAUCAAAUUGUUUAUUCUUUUUUCUAAAAGAGAAUUUUUCAGUGACUAUUGUUUUCUUUUAUCAACAUUCUUACAUUUAGCAGUUAUUAACCUGCAUUCACUAAUAAUUUUGAUCUGUUUUAAGAUCAACCUUUGCUGUUUUGCUUUUAUCUGAUUUGAGCAAAUAUUAUCGCUGAGACGUUUGUUGUCUCUUGUCAAAUGUGUUUGUCUUUCAUAAAGACGGUUGUUCCUUCACUCUCUGUGAGUACAGUGUGUCUUGUAGAAAUCUACAGGUUGUUGUUGUGAUGAAUCAUCACCUCUAGUUGUGGAGUUUUCAUUCUUCGUGUGGCUCAUUGUGACUUGUUAAAUGAAAUAAACAUUCAAAAUGAAAAUCA